GUUGCUUCCUUAGCAACGGCCCUAGCAACGGCACAAGGGUUUCGUCAAAAAGCUAGCGUUAGCUUAUGAUAACUUUGAACAAGUACUAACAUGAGUUCACCCAGGAAGAAAACAAAUAUUACUGAUAGUCUAGCAUUCUUACUACCAAAUCCACCACAGGUCCACAGAAAACAGCCGUGGAUGGCAACUAAACCUUCAUUUUCGCUGUGUCCCCCACUCAAGCAGACAACUCAAGGAACUGAAGCAGCUGUGAAAAGAGAUGGGCUGUUUGAAGGGGCAGACAGUAGACCAAGUAAAGGUUAUGGCGGUGGGCAGAACCUGCUCCAGAGCAGAAAGGCAGUGCAGAUCCCUGGGACCUCCAAGUAUUGCAGAAGUACCCGCACACAACUCAGUAAAAAGCACAAGAAUCUCCGAGAAACUCUGGUUAAAUUCAUAUGCCAGGAGGAGGAGGAAGAUGGCAACUCUCCACCAUGCGGCUCUCCCAAAUUUACAGCAAAGAAUAACCGUGAAAUGAGAUAUAACUACUACAUCCAGAAAGGGAUAGACCUGGAGAAUGUGGCUCCUCUGGAGGACUCUUGGCUGGAGAACAUUCAGGACAUGGUCCCCUGCCACCUGAAGAGCCUGAGCACACCAUUGGAGCUGCUGGUUAAGGAGAUUAAGGAGGACUACGUGCUCAGUGUCAAGACAGCAAUCUUGAAAUAUACAUUCAGACAUUCAAGGGAAAAUGACAAGGACAAAGUGAAAGAUCUGCCCCCUCACAGACUUGAACUCAAGGUUUUGCCAAAACCGUGGAACAAAGCCUUUGUCCAUGCGCGAAAAAGGAUGAGAGAUAAGCUUCACUCUAUCAACCCCACUAUGCUGCAGGUGCUGUCCCUUUGGCAUGUCUGUUACAAAAAUCUCCGUCUGAUAGAUGUAGAGGAGUUCCACAGCAGAGAGGAGUCCAUGGAGCUCUCUGUGUUUCAGCAAAUUGUCACCAGACAUGUUGAUAUUGCCAGAGGAAUCCUCCUCAAUAAUUGGGUUCCUGAAGUGCAACACAUUUACUACCAGGGCUGCAGACGCAUGCUGGUGCCUGCCUCCAGCAACAUGGCCAAGCUACUGUCUUUCUUCAACUGUGCAGCUGCACUGAUGACCUCCCAGCUACAGAACCUUGCAAUAGACUCAAUGAGGGACUAUACACAACUAAUUUCCCAAGACCCGCGGUCAGAGCGAGCAUAUGAGCACCCAGGCUUUGUGCUGCAUCUGAUCCUGGAGGACAGGGAGAUCAAGUUUGAGCCCGACCUUAAAUUGUAUGAGGUGGCCCUCCUUAACGUCUAUGAGUCCAUGCUCAGGUCUAUCAGCAUGGUACCUCGUGUGGAAACCAAACUGUACCCUGAAUGGCCAGGCUCCCAUUUUGGAAGCACCCUGAAGCCCAUCAUCCUGCCAGAGAUCCUUCAGGCCCAGCUGGAGGAGGUGCGCAGGGUGUUCUGGGCUGAGUGUGUCAGGCCCAAGGAGUAUGUUCAUGAGUAUGAUAAAUACGCCACACUGGUGUCCAGGCAGGCAGAGGACGAUGUGGAGCAGUUCCUCAGUGAGCAGCACUCCUUCCAGGAAAUCAUGGUAGAGGUUAUACACUACCAGCAGCUUGCUGACCAGAUCCAGUACACAUCAUGUAAGGUGGUACGUCUUGGCAUGUUUGAGGUUCAGUCCCAUAAGCUUGUCCACUCUCUCGUCAAGCGUGCUCAGGAGCUACAGCAGAAACUGGUUACACAGAUGCUACAUGAACAUCAGGAAACCAACAAGAAGCUCUGUAAUGAAUUUGAGAAGAUUGCAGAGAAGGCACUGAGCACACCACCUGACACGCAGAAACUGAUGGAGCUUAAGGCCUACAUGAAUAAGGUGGAAAUUACAGAGAUGCCUUUGUUGGAGCAAAGAUUGGCAGACUCCAACACACAUUUGUGUUUCCUGAUGGACUUUGUCACCCUCUCACCAUUGGACAUGGAGCUCAACACACAGACCAUUCAGUGGCUUAAGCGUAUGCCAUCCAUCUUUAAGGAACACCGACAGAUCAUUAAUAAAAAGACAGAGCAAUAUCAGAGUGGCCUUAAGUUGUGCCGUGAUCGCUUUGUGGAAGAACUGGAGAGCUACAGCGUACAGGUGGAGGAGUUUACCAACUUUGGUGAGCUGAUGGAUCUCAGCAAGUACUUGAAGAAAUCCCAGGCCCUCAAUGCUAAACUGGAGUUAGCCAUGGAAAAGAUAAAUGAUUUCAAUCUAGAGGAGGAAGCCUAUGGCUGGUCUGUUUCCCAGUACCCACAGCGUAAGAAGAUCCAGGACAAGCUCACACCCUUCCUGCGCCUCUAUGAGACAGCCACUGAUUUCCUAAAUCAGUACGAGCAGUGGCUCCAUGGACCCCUCUCGGGUGUGAACCCAGACAAGGUAGAAGGGGAUGUUGGUAACUACUGGCGCACUCUGUACAAGCUGGAGAAAGGCUUUAGUGAUGUACCCAAAGCCCUCAACAUAGCCACCACUAUGAAGACUAAGGUGGAGGACUUCAAGGAGCACAUUCCUAUGGUGCAGGUACUGUGCAACCCAGGCCUGCGUGAGCGCCACUGGGAUGCAAUGUCGGAGAUGGCUGGCAUCUCCCUGCAGCCAGCCACUGACCAGGCCUGUGUGGCUCACUUCCUAUCCAUGCACCUGGAACAGCACCUGAGCAGCUUUGAGGGCAUCAGUGAGGCGGCCAGCAAGGAAUACUCCCUGGAGAAAGCCAUGGAGAAAAUGGCCAGUGAGUGGGGUGACAUGGAGUUCAGCCUCUUGGCCUACCGAGAGACAGGCACCUCUAUCCUGUCAUCUGUGGAUGAAGUGCAGAUGCUGUUGGAUGAUCACAUUGUGAAGACACAAACCAUGAGGGGCUCACCCUUCAUUAAGCCUUUCGAGGUGGAGAUACAGGAAUGGGAGGGCAAGUUGCUGCUCCUUCAAGAGAUCCUGGAUGAAUGGUUAAAGGUGCAGUCCACUUGGCUUUACCUGGAGCCCAUAUUCAGCUCCCCAGACAUCUUGACUCAGAUGCCUGAAGAGGGACGCCGUUUCAUAACUGUUGACAAAACCUGGAGAGAAACCAUGAAACAAGUUUCCCUGGACAAACACGUGUUGGCAGUGAUAGCCAUCGAUAAGAUGCUAGAGAAGCUAAAAACAUCCAAUGAGCUUCUGGAGAUGAUCCUCAAAGGUCUUAAUAACUACCUGGAGAAGAAGCGUCUCUAUUUUCCACGGUUCUUCUUCCUGUCCAAUGAUGAGCUGCUGGAAAUCCUCUCUGAGACCAAAGACCCCACAAGGGUGCAGCCCCAUCUGAAGAAGUGCUUUGAAGGCAUUGCUAGUGUGGUGUUCACUGAUGUGCUGGACAUCACCCACAUGAAGAGCAGUGAAGGUGAAGUGGUGCAGCUGCUGGAUAUCAUUUCCACCUCCAAAGCAAGGGGCCAGGUCGAGAAGUGGCUUCUGGAACUGGAGAAUGGCAUGAUCGCUUCCCUGCAUAAGGUAAUUGGGGAGGCAAUUGAGGCGUACCCCAAUGAGUUGAGGAUCAACUGGGUGCGUGCUUGGCCAGGCCAGACAGUGCUCUGUGUCUCACAGGUCUACUGGACGAAGGAUAUUCAUGAAGCCAUUAAUUCGGGACAGAAGGCCUUAGAUGCCUACCUGGAGCAGAACAAUAGACAGAUUGACGACAUUGUGACACUUGUACGUGGCAAGCUAUCCAAGCAGAACCGGGUGACCCUCGGAGCCCUUGUUGUGCUGGACGUCCACGCCAGGGAUGUGCUUGCUACUCUGGUGCAAAAAGGAAUAACUGACGAGAAUGACUUUGAGUGGCUUAGCCAACUGCGCUACUACUGGGUGGAGAACCACCUCCAGACCAAGAUGAUCAAUGCUGGUUUGCCUUAUGGUUAUGAAUACCUGGGAAACACUCCACGUCUGGUCAUUACCCCACUCACUGACCGCUGCUACCGCACUUUGUUUGGUGCUCUCCACCUCCAUUUGGGAGGGGCCCCUGAGGGCCCAGCUGGCACAGGAAAGACUGAGACAACCAAAGACUUGGCCAAAGCUGUGGCCAAGCAGUGUGUGGUCUUCAACUGCUCUGAUGGACUGGACUACAUUGCUCUGGGCAAGUUCUUCAAGGGUCUUUUAUCCUGCGGAGCUUGGGCCUGUUUUGAUGAGUUUAACCGCAUUGACUUGGAGGUGCUGUCUGUGGUGGCUCAACAGAUUCUCACCAUACAGAGAGGAAUUUCUGCCCAUUCUGAGAUGCUGAUGUUUGAAGGGACUGAGCUAAAACUGGACCCCUCCUGUGCUGUGUUCAUUACUAUGAAUCCUGGCUACGCUGGACGCUCUGAGCUACCAGACAACCUCAAGGCUCUAUUCAGGACUGUUGCUAUGAUGGUACCGGACUAUGCAAUGAUUGCAGAGAUUGUGCUCUACUCGUGCGGCUUUGUAACUGCACGGCCCCUGUCUGUGAAAAUUGUGGCCACUUAUCGACUCUGUUCGGAGCAGCUGUCCUCACAGCAUCACUACGACUAUGGGAUGAGGGCUGUCAAGUCUGUGCUGACUGCUGCUGGAAACCUCAAGCUCACUUUUCCAGACGAGGAUGAAGACACCCUGUUGCUGAGAUCCAUUAUUGAUGUCAAUCUGCCCAAGUUCCUGGCCCAUGAUCUGAAGCUAUUUGAGGGUAUCACCUCUGACCUCUUCCCGGGGGUCAAGCUUCCAAAGCGAGACUACCGCACCCUGCUGGAGGCUAUCGAGGAAAACUGCCAGCGCAUGAACCUGCAAGUCACCGAUUUCUUUGCUGAGAAAAUCCUGCAAAUCUAUGAGAUGAUGAUAGUGAGGCAUGGUUUCAUGCUGGUGGGUGAGCCCUUUGGAGGCAAGACCAGCGCCUAUCGGGUGUUGGCAGCAGCCCUUCGUGACGUCUGUAAAAAGGGUUUGAUGGAUGAGAACGAGGUACAGAUCAGAGUUAUCAAUCCCAAAUCCAUCACCAUGGGUGAGCUGUAUGGCCAGUUUGACCCCAUCUCUCACGAGUGGUCUGAUGGCAUCCUUGCUAUCAGCUACAGAGUCUUUGCUUCCUCUCAGAGCCCAGACAGAAAAUGGCUUAUCUUUGACGGCCCAGUGGAUGCCGUGUGGAUUGAGAAUAUGAACACAGUACUCGACGACAACAAGAAGCUGUGUCUGAUGAGCGGUGAGAUCAUUCAGAUGUCACCACAAAUGAGCCUCAUCUUUGAGCCCAUGGACCUGGAGGUGGCAUCGCCAGCCACAGUGUCUCGCUGUGGUAUGAUCUACAUGGAGCCUCAUAUGCUUGGCUGGCGGCCCCUUAUGCUGUCCUGGCUGAAUACCCUUCCCUCCACAGUCAGUGCAGCACACAAAGACCUCAUCGCUGCCCUUUUUGACCGCAUACUGCCAGCCUGCCUACAGCUCAUUCGAAAGGCCACCAAGGAGUUGUCCCCGACCUCUGAUACCAAUCUAGUCAAGUCCCUGAUGAAUCUGAUGGACUGUAUGAUGGAUGAGUUUCAUGAUGAAGCAAAGAUGAAGAGCAUGAAUGAAAAAGAUAUUUGCUCCUGGUUGGAGGGCAUCUUUGUGUUCUGCCUGGUGUGGUCAGUGGGUGCCAGCUGUGAUGAUUCAGGCCGGGUCAAGUUUGAUGCUGUGGUAAGGGAGGUACUGAAUGGCCCUUUAAGCGAGGAGACCCAGGCCCGCCACGGCAUUCUGGCCACUGUUGAGGCUCCACCUAAACAGCUUGCAGUGCCCCUGCCCACUGAGGGAAUAGUCUACCAGUAUCGCUUCAUUAAAGAGGGCCCAGGUAGGUGGGAGCUGUGGACAGAUGAGCUAAAGACUGCUCCCUCCAUAUGCAAAGACAUGCAGUUCAAUGAGAUCAUCGUGCCCACUGAGAACACGGUACGCUACAUGGCACUGAUGGAGCUCCUUGUCACCCACCAGAAGCCGACUAUUUUCAUUGGUCCCACUGGUACUGGCAAGAGUGUCUACAUUACAGACUUCCUAUUGAAUCAGCUGCAGAAGGAUGUGUACAGCCCAUUAUUUAUCAACUUUUCAGCCCAGACUACAGCUGCUCAGACCCAAAACAUUAUUAUGUCCAAGCUAGAUAAGCGGCGCAAAGGAGUGUUCGGUCCUCCAUUGGGGAAGAAAAUGGUGGUAUUUGUGGAUGAUGUGAACAUGCCAGCCAGGGAGGUUUAUGGUGCGCAGCCACCUGUGGAGCUGCUGCGCCAGUGGCUGGACCACUGGAACUGGUAUGACAUGAAGGAGUCCUCCAUGAUCCACCUGGUGGAUAUCCAGGUCAUAUGUGCUAUGGGACCACCUGGUGGAGGGCGGAACCCUGUCACGCCUCGGUACCUGCGCCACUUCAACAUGAUUACCAUUAAUGAUUUUGAUGAGAAGACCAUGUAUACAAUCUUCUCCAGGAUCACAGACUGGCAUUUCACCAUACGGUUUUCUUUCCCCAAGCCAUUUGCAGCUCUGACCUCUCAGAUCGUUACAAGUACCAUGUCCGUGUACCAAGAGGCCACCAAGAACCUGCUACCAACCCCCACAAAGUCCCAUUACUUAUUCAAUCUGCGCGAUGUCUCCCGAGUCAUCCAGGGCAUCUGCCUAUCGCGGCCGGAGACUGCAGAUGAACCAUCUGUCAUCAAACGGCUCUGGGUGCAUGAGGUCCUGAGGGUAUACUAUGAUCGACUGGUUCAUGACACAGAUCGGUCCUGGCUUGUAAGCCAUUUACAGUUGGUGUCUCAGAGUCACAUGAAGGAAAACUUCCACCAGCUCUUCCAGCAUCUGGACCAGGACCAUGAUGGAAAGGUCACUGAGGAUGACCUGCGCAGCCUCAUGUUCUGCGACUUUCAUGACCCCAAGGGUGAGGACCGCAACUACCGCGAGGUGCACAACCUGGACCAGCUCCGACAGGUGGUGGAGUCACACCUGGAGGAGUUCAACAAUAUCAGCAAAGCGCCCAUGAAUCUGGUGCUCUUCCGUUUUGCCAUUGAACACGUGUGCCGCAUUUCCCGCAUCCUCAAGCAGCCAAGUGGCCACGCCCUGCUGGUGGGUGUGGGCGGGAGCGGGCGUCAGUCUCUCACCCGGUUGGCUGCCUACAUGGCAGAGGCAGAACUUUUCCAGGUGGAAAUCUCCAAGACUUAUGGAACCACCGAAUGGCAUGAUGACCUGAAGCUUAUCAUGAGGAAGUCCACACAGGGUGAAGCUCAUGGCGUUUUCCUCUUCACAGACACUCAAAUCAAAAUGGAGUCAUUCCUGGAGGACAUUGGCAAUCUGCUCAACACUGGUGAGGUGCCUAACCUGUUUGCAGUUGACGAGAAGCAGGAAAUCUGUGAGCAAAUGCGUGUGUUGGACCGGCAACGUGACCGUGACAAGCAGACGGAUGGCGGCCCCUUGUCCCUUUUCAACAUGUUUGUGGAGCGCUGUCGCACACAGCUGCAUGUGGUGUUGGCCAUGAGUCCCAUCGGAGACGCCUUUAGGAACCGUUUGAGGCGUUUCCCUGCACUCAUUAACUGCUGCACCAUUAACUGGUUCCAGACCUGGCCUGAGGAUGCCCUGCAGGCAGUGGCCUGUCGCUUCUUGGAGGACAUUGAGAUGACAGAUGAGUCCCGAGAAGGCUGCAUCAACAUGUGCAAGAGCUUCCACACCUCAACCAUAGAACUAUCAGUUCGCUUUUUGGCUGAGUUGCAGCGCCACAACUAUGUCACCCCAACCUCAUACCUGGAACUCAUUUCCACCUUCAAGGCCCUGCUGAAGACAAAAAGAGCUGAGGUAAUGACGCUGAAAUGUCGCUAUGAAGUGGGCCUCGAGAAGCUAGAGUCAGCAGCAGACCAGGUGGCCACUAUGCAAGUUGAGCUGGAGGCGCUACAGCCACAGCUGCGUGUGGCCAGCAAGAAGGUAGAUGAGAUGAUGGUGGUGAUUGAGCAUGAAUCUGUAGAGGUGGCUGAGACAGAGAAGGUGGUGAAAGUGGAUGAGGCCGUCGCCAAUGAACAAGCCAUGGCUGCCAAGGCCAUCAAGGAUGAGUGUGAUACUGACCUGGCUGUAGCCAUGCCUAUCCUGGAGUCUGCCCUGGCUGCGUUGAAUACUCUCACCACUCAGGAUAUCACAGUGGUGAAGUCCAUGAAAAGCCCUCCCCCAGCUGUCAAGCUGGUGAUGGAGGCAAUCUGCAUUCUCAAAGGCAUCAAGCCAGAUCGUGUGCCUGACCCCUCAGGCUCCGGUAAAAAAGUGGAGGACUUUUGGGGCCCGGCCAAAAAGCUUCUGGGAGACAUGAGGUUUCUCCAAAGCCUCCAUGAGUAUGACAAGGACAAUAUCCCACAAAAUUACAUCACCAUCAUCCGCAACAAGUACAUUACCAACCCAGACUUUGUACCAGAGAAGAUUCGAACUGCAUCUACUGCAGCUGAAGGCAUGUGUAAAUGGGUUUGUGCUAUGGACAAGUAUGACAAAGUGGCCAAGGUGGUGGCUCCGAAGAAGGAGAAGCUGGCACAGGCUGAGGGGGAGCUGAAGGUGGCCUUGGACAGCCUCCACAAAAAGCAGGCUGCCCUCAAAGAAGUUCAAGAUAAACUUGCAAAGCUUCAGGAGACUUUGAAAACUAACAAAAACAAGAAAGCUGACCUGGAGAAUCAAGUGGAUCUGUGCAGUAAGAAGCUGGAGCGAGCUGAGCAGCUUAUUGGAGGCCUGGGUGGAGAGAAGACGCGCUGGAGUGAAAUGGCCUUCAAUCUCGGAGAGCUCUACAAUAACCUGACUGGGGACAUCCUUAUCUCAGCGGGCAUAGUGGCUUACCUGGGAGCCUUCACCUCCAGCUACAGACAGGAUCAGACAGAGGAGUGGAUGAAUCUUUGUAAGAGCAGAGAGAUCCCAUGCUCCCCCAACAUGUCUCUGAUGAACUCUCUGGGCGAUCCAGUAAAGAUUCGUGCAUGGACCAUCGCUGGCCUGCCAUCAGACAGCUUCUCCAUAGACAACGGUAUCAUAAUUUCCAACGCCAGGCGGUGGCCUCUGAUGAUUGAUCCCCAGGGCCAGGCCAACAAGUGGGUGAAAAACAUGGAGAAGGCCAAUAGCCUGCAUAUCAUUAAAUUGAGUGAUGCUGACUUUGUACGCACUCUGGAGAACUGCAUUCAGUUUGGCACGCCAGUGCUGUUGGAGAAUGUCGGCGAGGAGCUGGACCCUAUCCUGGAGCCUCUGCUACUGAGACAGACCUUUAAACAGGGUGGUGCCAUGUGUAUCCGCCUGGGAGACUCUACCAUUGAGUAUGCUCCCGACUUUCGCUUCUACAUCACUACCAAGCUACGCAACCCACACUACCUGCCUGAGACCUCCGUCAAGGUGACCCUUCUGAACUUCAUGAUCACCCCAGAGGGCAUCCAGGACCAGCUGCUGGGCAUUGUAGUGGCCCGGGAAAGGCCCGACCUGGAGGAAGAGAAACAGGCUCUCAUCUUGCAAGGAGCAGAGAACAAAAGACAACUGAAGGAGAUUGAGGACAAAAUCUUAGAGGUGCUCUCCUCUUCUGAGGGCAACAUCCUGGAGGAUGAGACGGCCGUCAAGAUCCUCUCCUGCUCCAAAGUGCUAGCCAAUGAAAUAACAGAGAAGCAGGCUGUGGCUGAGGUGACGGAGCAGAAGAUUGAUGAGACCCGCAUGGGCUACACACCCAUCGCCGUGCAUUCAGCCAUCUUGUUCUUCUCCAUUGCUGACCUGGCUAACAUUGAGCCCAUGUACCAGUACUCCCUCACCUGGUUUAUUAACCUCUUCAUCAGCUCCAUCGACAACUCAGACAAGAGUGACGACUUGGAACAGAGACUACAGAUCCUGAGAGACCACUUUACCUACACACUAUAUGUCAAUGUGUGUCGCUCGCUGUUUGAGAAGGAUAAACUGCUCUUUUCCUUCUGCCUCAGUGUCAAUCUGCUCAUGCACAACAAGUUGGUGGAUGAGGGGGAAUGGCGCUUCCUUCUGACGGGUGGUGUGGGCCUGGACAAUCCCCACUCAAAUCCCUGCACCUGGCUGCCCAAGAAGUCUUGGGAUGAAAGUUGCCGCUUGGAUGAGAUGGAGCGUUUCAAAGGUCUGCGUCAUGACAUGGCUCGCCUGAGGAAUGAGUGGAAGAAGGUCUAUGACAGCCCAAAUCCCCAUAAGACUCCCUUCCCUGAUGAGUGGCAGAAGAAGCUGAGCCAGUUUCAGAGGAUGCUGGUGAUCCGUUGUCUCAGACCAGACAAGGUUAUUCCCAUGGUACAGGAAUUUGUUUCGGACAGUUUGGGUCGUCCCUUCAUCGAAGCGCCACCCUUCAACCUGAGUAAGGCCUUUGUUGAUAGCCACUGCUGUGCCCCCCUCAUCUUCAUCCUCUCCCCGGGCUCAGACCCCAUGGCUGCAUUGCUCAAGUUCGGAGAUGAAAUGGGCUUUACGGGUAACAAGCUGACCUCCCUCUCUCUGGGACAAGGCCAGGGUCCUAUUGCUAUGCGUAUGAUUGAGACGGGCAUUAAAGAGGGCACCUGGGUGGUUCUGCAGAACUGCCACUUGGCCACAUCAUGGAUGUCAACACUGGAGAGAAUCUGUGAGGAGCUGAACCCAGACACGACCCACCCAGACUUCAGGCUCUGGCUGACUAGCUACCCGUCUCCCACCUUCCCUGUGGCGGUGCUUCAGAAUGGGGUGAAGAUGACCAAUGAGGCUCCGAAGGGCCUCCGUGCCAACAUUGCACGCUCCUUCUUAAUGGACCCCAUCUCUGACCCAGAGUUUUUUGGCAGCUGCAGCAAGCCGGCUGUGUUCAAGAAACUGCUGUACGGCUUGUGUUUCUUCCACGCCCUGACCCAGGAGAGGAGGAAGUUUGGACCUUUAGGCUGGAACAUUCCAUAUGAGUUCAAUGAGACCGACCUCCGGAUCUCUGUACAGCAGCUGCACAUGUUCCUUGAACAGUACCAGGAAGUGCCGUUUGAUGCCAUCCGCUAUAUGACUGGUGAGUGUAACUAUGGAGGCCGUGUGACAGAUGACUGGGACAGACGCACCCUGCGCACGAUCCUCUCUAUCUUCUACACCUCAAAGGUCAUCGAGGACCCUGACUACAAGUUUGAUUCCAGUGGGCUCUACUAUGCACCAGAUAUGGAAGAUUACAAUAGCUACAUAGAAUACACCAAGUCGCUGCCUCUCAACCCAUCACCGGAGAUUUUUGGCAUGAACGCCAACGCAGAUAUUACCAAGGAUCAGGCUGAGACACAACUACUCUUUGACAGCAUCUUGCUUACACAGUCCCGCUCUUCAGGCGGAGACGCCAAAUCCUCAGAUGACAUGGUCUUUGAUGUGGCAGCUGACAUCCUGAGCAAACUGCCUGGAGACUUUGACUUGGAGGCAGCGAUGAGGCGCUUUCCCACCAGCUACAAUCAGAGCAUGAACACAGUGCUGGUGCAGGAGAUGGGCCGCUUCAACAACCUGCUCUGCACCAUCCGAGACUCCUGUGUCAACAUUCAGAAGGCCAUAAAGGGGCUGGUGGUGAUGUCUGCAGAGCUGGAGGAGGUGGUUAGCAGCAUCUUGAAGGGUCGUAUCCCAGGCAUGUGGAUGAAGAAGUCCUACCCCAGCCUCAAACCGCUGGGAAGCUACGUCAACGACUUCCUGGAGCGACUCACGUUCUUACAGGACUGGUAUGAUCAGGGUAUGCCUGCUGUAUUCUGGGUGUCAGGAUUCUUCUUCACCCAGGCCUUCCUCACAGGCAGCCAGCAGAACUAUGCCAGGAAACACACCGUCCCUAUUGACUUGCUCGGCUUCGACUUUGAGGUCCUGGAUGACAUACAAUAUAAACGGCCCCCAGAGGAUGGUGUGUACAUUAGAGGUCUGUUUCUUGAUGGCGCCCGCUGGGACAGAAAGACCAAGCUUCUUGCUGAGUCCUACCCCAAAGUGCUGCAUGACCCCAUGCCUGUGAUGUGGCUGAAGCCUGUCAAACGACAGGACAUUCCCCAGAGGAUGUGUUACGUGGUGCCCGUCUACAAGACCAGCGAGCGGCGUGGCACCCUGUCCACCACCGGCCACUCCACCAAUUAUGUCAUCGCCAUGACGCUCAACUCCAACGUGCCUGCUGAACACUGGAUCAGACGAGGGGUAGCACUGCUCUGCCAGCUCAGCUCCUAGCCUCUGUUUGUUUCACACGUAUGCACUGACGUGUAAUUAAAAAGAAAAAGAACACA